AUGGGUGAUAACAACAAUUCUCCACCUGGGUCUCCUAAGGAGGCAGAUCAUGAUUCUGAUGCAAACCAACUUGUUAAGGAUGAUAGCUCACUGGAAACCAUAGUCCGAAAGUUCCAAGAUUCAAUGUCAAUUGGAAAAAGGCACGCAUUUUGGGAAACUCAACCUGUUGGGCAAUUUAAGGAUCUUGGGGAUGUCAGCUUGGCCGAGGGCCCGAUUGAGCCCCCCACACCGUUGUCUGAGGUCAAACAAGAGCCUUACAAUCUUCCGACUCAAUAUGAAUGGACCACAUGUGACCUGGACUCUGAAGGUACCUGCACUGAGGUCUACAAUCUGUUGAAGAAUAAUUAUGUUGAGGAUGAUGAGAACAUGUUUCGAUUCAAUUACUCGAAGGAGUUUCUCAGGUGGGCUCUGCACCCUCCUGGUUAUUUUAGGAGCUGGCAUAUUGGUGUUCGUGCAAAGACUAACAAAAAGCUGGUUGCUUUCAUUACUGGUGUUCCUGCUAGAAUCCGGGCCCGUAAUGAGAUAGUGAAAAUGGCUGAGAUUAAUUUCUUAUGUGUGCAUAAGAAGCUUAGGUCGAAGAGACUUGCACCUGUUAUGAUCAAGGAGGUCACAAGGAGGGUUCAUUUGGAGAAUAUAUGGCAAGCAGCAUACACAGCUGGAGUAGUUCUUCCAACUCCAAUCACAACUUGCCAGUACUGGCAUAGGUCUUUGAACCCAAAGAAGCUUAUUGAUGUUGGGUUUUCAAGGCUUGGUGCUAGGAUGACUAUGAGCCGAACAAUAAAACUGUACAAGUUACCAGAUUCACCAGCUACUCCUGGAUUCAGGAAAAUGGAACUUCGAGAUGUCCCUGCUGUAACUCGGUUGCUUAGAAACUACUUGAGCCAGUUUGUGGUUGCACCAGAUUUUGAUGAAAAUGAUGUGGAGCAUUGGCUUCUUCCUGAGGAGAACGUGGUGGACAGUUACUUGGUCGAGAGCCCAGAGACUCAUGAGGUGACCGACUUCUGCAGCUUCUACACUCUUCCUUCGUCUAUCCUCGGCAAUCAGACCUACUCAAUCUUGAAGGCUGCAUACUCGUAUUAUAAUGUAUCCACAAAGACUCCACUGCUUCAGUUGAUGAAUGAUGCUCUUAUCGUAGCAAAACAGAAGGAUUUUGACGUCUUCAAUGCACUGGAUGUCAUGCAGAAUGAGUCAUUCUUGAAAGAGCUCAAGUUUGGACCUGGUGAUGGGCAACUUCACUACUACCUCUAUAAUUAUCGGAUGAGGAAUGCAUUGAAACCCUCAGAGCUUGGGCUUGUACUGUUAUAG